CCACCCAGGGACUUGGUUCAGCCCAGUGACCCUCCCCACCACCUGUGAGGACUUUCUUGGCCCAUUUUUCACGUGGGCCUGGUGUGGCCCAUGGUGCCGUGGAUAUUUUGUCAGCUGUGGCACUUUGACCUUUUAUUCCCUCUGCCUCAAGACCCAGUUUUGUCCCUUGGUCCCCCCCAGGGAAUGCAAGUACUUUACAUGGCUAGACCAAAUUUGAGACAUGGGUUCCUCCCGCGGAAGUAGGUUUUGCCCCUUGUCUUCCUGCCAACUGGGUUUAGCCAAGACUUCCCAGUGGGGCAGCGUGGGCCUUGUCCCCUCCUCACUAUGCUGUGAUAGGCGCUGUGGGUGGUGGGAAGUCGGGGGCUCCUGAGAGACAGUAAAAGACCAGGGGAGGUCUGCUGUGUGUGAGAUUUCCUUCUGGCCACUUCCCUAUGAGGAAACGGUGGAGGAGCAGGAAUCGGGCACCUGCUCCAUGCGCUCCAACCCUCAGCCUAUUGGGUGCUACCUGGUGUGCCUUCCCUAAGUUGUAUUCCAUCUGGAACUCUGGGUCUUGAGGGUAUCUCACCUGUGCCCCCCUCCCCCACACACACUUUAAGGCUUCACCUCAGGAGGAACCGGGGAGCCCCCAUUUCUGUCCUUCCAUCACCGUCCCAUUUACCAUGAUCUCACCAUUUCUUUGUUCCAUCAUCUGUGUCCCCAUUAUUUUCUGCCCCACUUGUAUCCCCAUCUUCCAGUGUCUCCUGGCCCCGUGCUCUGUCUUCCUGCCCCCUCCCCCUUCUGUGUCUCUACUCUGCCAUCAUCUCCAGCCUGCUUGGGCUGUGGCCCAGACGCCUGCCUGGCCAUCCUCCCUGGCUCCCCCUCUGCGGCUGAGCUGGCCCCACCCCUUACCCCCCCACCACCGGCAGGCUUCUGAUCCGCCUGGGGACACAGGUCGGGUGCCCGGCACAAGGCCCCUGGGGCUAAGGACAGACGACAGCCCCUCAGCACCCAGAGAGGAGCCCCCAGCAGAGGACAUGGGGGAGGGCUGCCCCUACAGGUAUGUGCCUCCGCUCAGGCCCUGGGCGGGAGUCCUGGGGCUCAGAGCCCUCCCACCCGCAUCCUCCUCACUUGGGCGUCUCUGCCCCAACAUCCCCCAUCCUUGCUGUUCCCCCUCAGGAAGGUCCUGUCUUACCCUCAGUGACAGAGUCUAGCAGCCCCAGAAAAAUGUCUCCCCACAGGUUUGGUGUCUCCAACCCUGCCCCCCUCUCCAUGUUCUGCUUUUGUUCACUGUCUCUCCCCGCCUCCAUCUCAACAGAGCCUCCCAUUCGUACCCAUCUCUGUCUCCUCCAUGGGGCUCUGUCUUCGCAACUCCGUUUCCCUGCAUUUCCAUUUCCUAAAACUUGUCUCUUUUCCAAUUGCUCCUCACCUGCCUGUUUCUAUCCCCCUCUCCCUGGGCCUCUGUCCUCUCUCUCUGGUCCUGGUCCCCUCCCUUUAGGUCUCUGUGCCUCUCUCCUGGGGCUGCUGUCCCCUUUUUUCUUUUGGUCUGUGUACCGCCCCCCCCAUCGCUGCCCCUCCCUCUCUGGGUCUCCAUCCUCCUCCCUCUGGGUCUCUGUCUGCCCCCAUCUCUGUCCUUCCUUGUUUCUCAGGCUCUCUCUCAGCGUCCCUCUCUUCGGCCUCUGUACCCUUGUCUUUCUGCAGUCUGCCCUCCACACCCCUCCCCUGUCAGUCUGCCCUCUGACCUACUGCCCAAACCCCACUAGGAGGUAAGGGGGAGAGGGAACACCCAGGGUCUCAGGAUAAGAGUGUAAAAGUGUUUCUCUUUGGGGGUAAGGAGGUCGGGUUUGGGGGUGGGGCUUCUUGGCCCCAGAUUAGACAGUGUCUUUGACAAGAAGUUAACACACCUUAAGCCCCAUAUCUCCUUUAUAUGGAAACAUUAAGCUGCUCUCGCAGGUCAGGGGGAGGAUCAGGGGAGGACUUCAGGCUCUGGAGCCUUCUGCCUGCCACCGUCCUUCCUUUGCUGGGGAAGGGGUGCCCUGAGCCCAAGUCGCAUCCAGCCCUGCAAGCUGGGCCAUGUUGGAUGAACAAGGCCCCCUGGAGGUGAAGCCGCCUCCCCGCCCCCCGUCUGCUUUGUGAAAUGGACACGGUCACAUCUGCCUCACAGGGCUGAGUAUGGGACUCGAUUUAGGAGGCUGUCCUGAGAAAGACUCAGGACCCAAACCGGCACCCCACUGCCACGUCACAUUGUUCUGGCCAGGCUCUGAUCUGGUUCACAGAUUGGGGAACCAACCUGUGAACCGGGGCAAUGACUUUGACCUCACAGCACCCUGAGCAGUCAAGGAGAGCGGCGGGGUCUGGUGGAGUCCAGUGGACAAGCUGCAGACAUCUGAGGAACUCAUCCUGAGGCCCAGGACAUAGUUCGGGGCGCCCGGCCCCCAUUAGGCCAAGUGGAGGGGGUGCCCCCGCCCAAUGGGCCUGGCCAGGGCCCUGCGCCGCCUCAGCGGCGCCCUGGAGUCGGGGGACAGCCCAACAGGCGAUGACGAGGAGGCCGGGCCAGGGCUGUGUCGCAACGGGUGGGCGCCUUCCUCACCGACAGUGAGGAGGCGCCGCGGGCGCUUCGUCAAGAAAGAUGGGCACUGCAACGUGCGCUUCGUGAACCUGGGCGGCCAGGGCGCACGCUACCUGAGCGACCUGUUCACCACGUGCGUGGACGUGCGCUGGCGCUGGAUGUGUCUGCUCUUCUCCUGCUCCUUCCUUGCCUCCUGGCUGAUCUUUGGCCUGGCCUUCUGGCUCAUCGCUUCGCUGCACGGCGACCUGGCCGCCCCGCCGCCGCCCGCGCCCUGCUUCUCCCAGGUGGCCAGCUUCCUGGCCGCCUUCCUAUUCGCGCUGGAGACGCAGACGUCCAUCGGCUACGGUGUGCGCAGCGUCACCGAGGAGUGCCCAGCCGCCGUGGCCGCCGUGGUGCUGCAGUGUAUCGCUGGCUGCGUGCUCGACGCUUUUGUCGUGGGCGCUGUCAUGGCCAAAAUGGCAAAGCCCAAGAAGCGCAACGAGACGCUGGUCUUCAGCGAGAACGCUGUCGUGGCGCUGCGUGACCGCCGCCUCUGCCUCAUGUGGCGCGUCGGCAACCUGCGCCGCAGCCACCUCGUCGAGGCCCACGUGCGGGCCCAGCUGCUGCAGCCUCGAGUGACCCCGGAGGGUGAGUACAUACCACUGGACCACCAGGACGUGGAUGUGGGCUUUGAUGGUGGCACUGAUCGUAUCUUCCUUGUGUCUCCCAUUACCAUCGUGCAUGAGAUUGAUUCCUCCAGUCCUCUGUAUGAACUUGGAUGUGCCGAGCUGGCCCGGGCUGACUUUGAACUAGUGGUCAUUCUGGAGGGCAUGGUUGAGGCCACAGCUAUGACCACACAGUGUCGUUCUUCCUAUCUCCCUGGUGAGCUGCUCUGGGGCCAUCGUUUUGAACCAGUCCUCUUCCAGCGUGGCUCCCAGUAUGAGGUCGAUUAUCGCCACUUCCAUCGCACUUAUGAGGUCCCAGGGACACCGGUCUGUAGUGCCAAGGAGCUGGAUGAACAGGCAGAGCGGGAUUCCCACAGCCCCAAGUCUAACUUCCCCGGCUCUCUGGCUGCAUUUUGUUAUGAGAAUGAACUUGCUCUGAGCUGCUGCCAGGAGGAAGAGGAGGAAGAGGAGGCCACGGAGGGGGAUGAGAUGAAGACAGAAGAUGUGGCUGCCAGCCCCUGAGUACUCACACCAACGCUGGCGCUGCCCCUGCCCCCGUGAUGUCAGCUGGUGUCCCCCCAUUUGUACCCCCUUCCCAGAGGCAGCAAGAUGGAGAGAUCAGGUCCUCUCCUGGGGUGGGGGCAGGUGUUCUCCAAGACGGACAGGUCUGCUGGGUAAAUGAUUAGCUGGUGAAGUUCUGCCAUGCCUAAUGGACCCACUCGAUCUUAAUUCAUCUACAUUUUGUGCUCCCUCCUGAGACCCUUUUAUCAGCCUGAUUCCUGAGUCUCACCAGAGCUAAGGGAUCCAGAACUCGGGACCAUCUGAGAGGGAAGGGCUGGUGGUUCCAGAUUAUUCUAUAUGGCUGGCUUGGGUUGUUGAACAGGGUCAGGAAUCCAUGGUAUAGACCACCUCUGGAGGAGGAAGUCAGCACUUCUAGAGCAGCAACAGAGAAAAAGUUUAUAGGUCUGGAUCGACCUAUAGAUUCAAGGGACUGUUACUUCUAGACUCAGCCAACUAAGUAGCAAAUCAUUUUUUCUAGACCACCUGAGGAGGGAAAGUUAUGGAAUGCCCCAAGAAUUCAAGACUGUCUUGAUUGACCAAAGACAAGGAAUGUCUUGACCAAAGUCAAGAAAAGACCUGUGGUUCCAGAAAACCCAUAUUUUGAGAUUCUGUGAAUCUAGAUUUACAGAGAGAAGAACUACUCCAGAAACUAAAGAGUAAUAUUUCUAGAAUGCACAAAACAAUGGAGAGUGUGAGUCUAGAAGAACUAAAGUGACAGAUUGGGAGUUCUUGAUAGUAGAUAUUUCCAGACCACUAGCUGUAGAACAUCGAAGCAAGGGCAUAAUCAAUGCUUCUAAAUGAUCCACAGGGUUUUUCUUUUAAGUGCCAUUCUAGAAUGUCCAAAGGAACCAAGAUUCUGUGGCUCGAGAUUGAUCACAGAGUCAAGGAAGGAGUGGCGAUUCUAGAUGUCUGAGAUUUACUGAUUCCAGUUUGCCCAAUGAAGUUGAGAAUCCUAAUGAUUCUAGAUGACUUAUUUGUGGUUCUGUAAUGCCAAAAUGAACCAAGGCUCCAGGGAUCCAGAGUUGUCCAUUAGCAAAACCUGGAAGUUCUGAUCAGCUCUUAGUUCUAGGAGGUGGACUCAGGACUUGAUAGGUAGAAUUUCUGGGCUGACUUAGAAGGUGAGGGCCCAGGCAAGACCCUGUAGGUAACAGGGCUAGUUAUUGGGCAAGAGAAGGGAGAGGCCCAAAGCUGGCGAGUCUACAAUGCUCUGGAUUCUACACCUAGUGAUGUAUGUCUGUGUCUUAAAGAUGUUAUACAUAUGUGUAUUAUAUAUAUUAUAAAUACUGAUAUCUAUUUUUUUCCAAAGGUUCCUAAAGAAGGGUUAGAAAUGGAGCUUGAGCUAAUUCGAAUGGAGUCCUUUACAGGAUUGGGAAGCUUUGCUCUAAAUCCCAACUCUGCCCCAAUGUACUGGGUGACUUAGGGCAAAUCACUCCCCUCUCCUC